CAGCAUGAUCCCAGCCAAAAGAGUGUCAAAAUUCCAGUAGUCAUUUGCUUUCCACUGCCCUUAAACCAAUGGCAUUUAGAUCCACUAUCAGACCAAAACAAUCUCUUUGUGCACUGCUGGGACGAUAUACAUACAUCGAUACACCCCAACGCUCCUACCACGAAGUAACCGGCAACAUCAUCGUCCCCGGUCAGGUCCGCGGAAUCGACUAUCUCCGAGAUGCCCGACUAAACAAAGGUCUUGCCUUCAGCGUCGAAGAACGCCAAACACUCGGAAUACACGGACUGCUACCGGCCCGGAUCAAAACCAUGGACGAACAGAUGGCCCUAUGCCGUAUUUCGCUGUCCCGUUACAAGGAAGAUCUAAACAAAUAUCUCUAUCUGGGCGAUUUACAGGACCGCCACGAAAAGUUGUUCUUUCGGUUGCUAACCGAAAACGUCGAAACGAUAAUGCCGAUCGUGUAUACCCCCACCGUUGGGCUGGCCUGUCAAAAGUUUGGCCUAAUCUAUCGACGACCUCGGGGUCUUUUUGUGACCAUCAACGAUCGCGGUCACGUCUACGAUAUAUUGCAGAAUUGGCCCGAACCGGACGUGCGAGCUAUCGUGGUGACGGAUGGGGAACGUAUUCUAGGCCUGGGUGACUUGGGGGCCUGCGGGAUGGGUAUUCCCGUUGGUAAGCUAGCCCUUUACACGGGACUGGCCGGAAUUAAACCGAACCAAUGCCUACCGGUCGUGAUUGAUGUCGGUACAAACAACGAAGAAUUUUUAAACGACCCGCUAUACAUCGGUUUGCGACAGAAACGAGUUCAGGGCCCGGAAUACGACGAACUGAUAGUGGAGUUUAUGGAGGCGGUGGUAAAGCGGUACGGUCAAAAUACGCUGAUUCAGUUUGAGGAUUUUGCCAAUCACAAUGCCUUCCGAUUUUUGGACAAAUUCAGAAACACGUAUUGCACGUUCAACGAUGACAUCCAGGGAACGGCUGCUGUCGUCGUGGCAGGAUUGUACGCCGCCGAAAAAAUAACCAAUAAAAAGAUCAGCGACCAGACGUUUCUGUUUCUAGGAGCGGGCGGCGCUGCCGUUGGAAUUGCCAGCUUAAUUGUAAAAGCAAUGGAAGUCGAAGGAAUUCCUGUGGAUUCUGCUCGCGAUAAAAUUUGGAUGUUUGACAAGCACGGUUUGCUGGUAAAAAGUAGACUAGAAGCAGACUCGGACGCCCAUAGAGCAUGCUUCGCGAAAAAUCACCAAACUGUCGACAACUUCGCCGACGUAGCCAAAGAGAUUAAGCCAUCGGUUUUGAUCGGUGCUUCGGCAGCAGCCGGAGCCUUUACACCCGAAAUACUACGCAUCAUGGCUCAGAACAACGAACGACCUCUGAUAAUGGCUCUGUCCAAUCCUACCUCGUUGGCUGAGUGUACCGCUCAACAGGCCUACCAGCAUACGGAAGGGCGCUGCAUAUUUGCUUCCGGGUCACCCUUUCCCGAGGUUGAAUAUAACGGCAAGUCCUACAAAACAGGUCAAGGAAACAAUGCCUAUAUAUUCCCAGGCAUUGCACUGGGAGUGAUUGUAUCGGGAUCACACCACAUCCCAAAUGAAAUGUUUCUGAUAGCGGCCAAAGCUGUCGCCGGGAAACUGUCCGAUGAAGACUUGUCCCGCGGAUCGCUGUACCCUCCACUGAGCAGCAUAAAAGAUUGUUCCCUGCAGAUUGCCCUGCAAGUGGUUGAGUAUGCCUACAAAAAUGGAAUUGCUUCAACCUAUCCGGAACCAGCGGACGUAAUGGCAUUUAUAAAAGCUCAUCAGUACGAUUUUCUGUACGGAAGUGUACUUCCCACUACUUGGAAGUGGCCAAAAAUACAUAGAAUACCUGCGGAAACACCCAUGCGCGGGGUGAUUAUUCGAUACAUUCCGGAAAAUAAAUAG